UUUAUCCCGAUGGAGAAGACCGCUAUAAAUGGGCCUUUCACACUCUCGCUCUACAGCGCUGAUUCUCACCAUGGUGAACCCUAACUCCCUUCUGUCUCUGAUUCUCCUUUCUCUUCUCGCGAUCGCCUCUGCGAAAGUCUUCUUCGAGGAACGUUUCGAUGAUGGGUGGGAAACGAGAUGGGUCAAAUCUGAUUGGAAGAAAGAUGAGAAUACAGCCGGUGAGUGGAACUAUACUUCUGGCAAGUGGAAUGGAGACCCAAAUGACAAAGGUAUUCAGACUAGUGAAGAUUACAGAUUCUAUGCAAUUUCAGCUGAGUUCCCUGAGUUCAGUAACAAAGAUAAGACGCUAGUAUUCCAAUUUUCUGUUAAGCAUGAACAAAAGCUUGACUGUGGUGGUGGCUACAUGAAGUUGCUCAGUGGUGACGUUGACCAGAAGAAAUUUGGUGGUGAUACCCCUUAUAGUAUCAUGUUUGGACCAGAUAUCUGUGGUUACACCACCAAGAAAGUGCAUGCUAUCCUUAACCGCAAUGGAGAAAACCACUUGAUCAAGAAGGAAGUUCUUUGCGAAACUGAUCAACUCACUCAUCUUUAUACAUUCAUAAUCCGUCCAGAUGCCACAUUUAGCAUCCUUGUUGACAAUGUAGAGAAGCAUACUGGUAGUUUGUACUCUGACUGGAACUUUCUUCCACCAAAGAAAAUCAAGGAUCCAGAGGCCAAGAAACCUGAAGAUUGGGAUGACAAUGAGUACAUUCCUGACCCCGAGGAUAAGAAACCAGAGGGUUAUGAUGACAUUCCAAAGGAGAUUCCAGAUCCAGAUGCUAAGAAGCCUGAGGAUUGGGAUGAUGAGGAAGAUGGUGAAUGGACUGCCCCAACCAUUGCCAACCCUGAGUAUAAGGGUCCAUGGAAGCAAAAGAAAAUUAAGAACCCCAACUACCAGGGCAAAUGGAAGGCACCAAUGAUUGACAACCCAGAUUUCAAGGAUGACCCUGAUCUCUAUGUUUACCCCAACUUGAAGUAUGUUGGUAUUGAGUUGUGGCAGGUGAAAUCUGGAACCUUGUUUGAUAAUGUCUUGAUUACUGAUGACCCUGAGUAUGCAAAGAAGCUGGCAGAAGAAACAUGGGAAAAGAAUAAGGAUGCUGAGAAGGCAGCUUUUGAGGCAGCAGAGAAGAAAAGAGAAGAGGAGGAAUCCAAGGGAGAUCCAGCUGAUUCUGAUGCUGAGGAAGAGGAGGAUGAUGCUGAUGACAGUGAAGGAGAUGACGAUGGUGAAAUAAAAACUGGAGCUGCAGAGGACAAUGCUGACAGCAAAGAUGACAUGCAUGAUGAACUGUAGAGAAGCACUUUUUGCAGACGAUCAAUCUAGAGAUUAGCCCGGACAUCUAGCAGUGUUUCUAAAAUUUUCUGUUUUCUUUGGAUUCUUGGUGGUAGGAUUUAUCUUGUGGGAAAAAAUUGAGAUGGAGUAUGUGUGCAAACUUGGCAUAUUAUGUUAGUCUCACUUGAAACUGCAAGAACGUCAUAACAAAAGAGUUUUUCUUUUCAUCAUCACAAUUAUGAAAUGUUUGGGUGGCUUCCUACGUUUUCUAA